AGCGGAAAUGCACGACCAAUAACUCUUCCUAAUUCCGGUAGGUCAAUGUAUUUAUUUGGACAGCAAAGCUGCUGGAUUCUAAGGAGACAUACGUCGAAAUAAAUGACUGGGCUGGAGACUUCCAAUCUUGAGCGGAUAUGGUGCGGUGAGGAGUUGGAGGAUGGCAGAGCCAGAUCGCAGCUCAACCGAUGGCACUCCUGAAAAUGAAGUAGAUUCAGGUACACAGCCUGAAAGCGCACAUAGUAAUGAAGAUGGAUGUGAUCAAGAGAAUGAAGCAGAUCAGUCUGGAGGUCAAGGAAGCCCUAUAGCAUCAGGUGGCAAUGAAGGAGCCCUUAACACCAACUAUGACUCUAGUGAUGGAGCCAUUCCAAUACACAGGUGUGACCGUUGUGAUAACUAUGAAACACUUAGUCGCUCUGCAUUUUUAACUCAUUUGUCCAGCUGCUCCGUAAAUGAGGGUGAGUCAUCAGCAGCAGACAGGAGUCAUGACCGAAAAUUGUUCCAGUGUGAUGUGUGCAAUAUGAAGUUUUCUAAUGGUGCAAAUAUGAGACGGCAUAAAAUGCGACACACAGGAGUAAAGCCUUAUGAAUGUCGUGUCUGCCAAAAGAGAUUUUUCCGCAAGGACCACCUGGCAGAGCAUUUUACAACCCAUACCAAAACAUUACCUUAUCAUUGCCCCAUUUGCAACAGAGGUUUCCAGCGUCAGAUUGCAAUGCGAGCACAUUUUCAAAAUGAACAUGUUGGACAGCAUGACAUGAUCAAGUCCUGUCCACUGUGCAGUUAUCGAGCUGGCUCAAUGAAGAGUUUACGUGUUCAUUUCUUCAACAGGCAUGGUAUAGAUCUCGACAACCCAGGGCCAGGAACGGCAGGUGCUUCAUCUGUCAUGCCAGCUGGCCACUGCUCUCCUAUGGAGAUGACAUGUGGUGUUAGUGUGGCUGCUACUUACAGUGACAGUGGAGAUUCAGUUGGUGCCAGGUCCAUUGACAAUGCUACUCCACCAAUGCAUUUUCUGACACCACAUGUUGAGAUAUCAAUGGCUGAUGCACCAACUCCAUUUUCACCUAGCCAAUGUGAGCAGCCUUUGUCCCAGUCAGUCUCUGAAAGUCAAUCAUCAUCCCAGCAUCUUAAUGGAGACUGCCCAUGUCCUGGAUCACCACAUUCAGCAGACUCCAACUCCAAUGCACCAUCCAGUAGUCAUAAUGGAAAAGAUGCAGAAAGUGUGGCUGUGGCACCAUCCAUUUCACUUAUUCCCAUCAAGCAAGAGCCAGUGUCAGCUACUGAUCCUGGGCCACUGCCUGUCAAUCUAAGCACAACAACACCUGAUGGGCAGAUGCACUUCCAGUCUGCAUCUUCAACUGGCAUUCCAAGUCUUGUAAAGGUAUCUCCACUUAAAUCACUGUUGCGAGAUGAUCUCAAGCGGAAAAUAACAGUAACAACAGCACGCCCAGGAAGCCAACCUCGCUGUAGUCGGCCUCUUGCACCUUCUCCACAUCCUGAGAGCACAGCUUCAUUGCCGUUUGGGCUCCGACAGGGAUCUGGGUUGGGAACAGUGAAUGGUACAAUUACAUCAACUGGUACAGAUCAACCACCAGACUCUGCAGCAUCAACAGUAUGGCGCCCAGCACCUCUUCGGCGUGGCACGGGAAUUGGCACUCCGUCAUCAGCUCUUCAGUGUGUAUUUUGUGGCAUUGCUUUUCCUGAUCAGACAUUAUAUUUCCUUCAUAAAGGCUGUCAUUCUGACAGCAAUCCAUGGAAAUGUAAUAUCUGUGGGGAACAGUGUUCAAAUGUUUAUGAAUUUAAUUCUCAUUUACUCAGUAAGACACAUCAAUGA